CUGUAGCCUUAUACAAUACACGUCAAAAGAACUUUGAUUAAAAGAAGCUCAAGUUGAGCUACUUCCUUCAAGAAAUUUAAGCAUGUCGGAAUCAUCAGAGUACAAAUUAGCACAAACUAUCAUUUGGAGUAACCGGAAAUAUUUGCUGAAGAAAUUCGUACAAAGUUUCACUCUUCCUCAAGUCGUCUUAGUGAAGGAUGGCUACUGUGGCGAAGACGAAAGAACGACAAUUGGCAGAGAUCAAAUUUUGACACUACAUCAACUUCGAGAAACGAAUACAAUCGUUUGUCAAACAGCGAAAGAAAGAUUUAUACUUUUGCCGUCAAAAUGUGAAGUUAAAGCGCAAGUGCUGCCGAUGAAUUUCAACGAUGUAAGCAUGACAAUGAAGCAGUUAAUUGAAACAUAUAAAAAGAUAAAGUAUGUAAGAGUGGUGGAAGUUGGUGCAAAUUGGAGCGAUGAUCCGAAAAGUUCAUUAGAAGAAAACGAUACACUUGAAAUAAAGAAAAUCGAACAGAAUUCAGUCGGAUUCAGAUGUAAAAAUUUAUCAGCCAAUCAUGACGCCUUCAUAUCAUCAAACGACUUAGCUAAGUUUGUACCUCUGUCAGACCCAAAGUACUACACUUUGGCCGAGAUUAAAACAAAAUUUGGCUUCCCAGCUAAGAUAUGGUUCACAGAUGAAGGCAAUAAUGACGUAACUUUUUCCUCGCCUGAUUCAAGACAUUCCAAAACAAGUUUAUGUAAAUUAGAACGACUGACAGUUGUUGAAGAAAUUCAAGAAAAUGAUUUAAUUGUUACCACAGUAUGUGCAAGUCUAGAAGAAAAGGUUUGCCUGAACGUUCCAACUGAACUCAACAUCAAAGUUACAGUAGCUGAAGGCUUUCUCAAAGGUAGCAAGACCUAUGCCACAGUUGUGAAAACUUUGGACAAAGAGCUAUACAAGACUGAUCUCAAAGCAUUUAAAGACCUGGACGUUUAUGAACAUGUGCAUGCCGUAAAGAAACACAUGCAAGACAGAACAGUUAUAAUAGGGCGAGCGUCUUCGAAAGUCGCCGAACAUGCCCGGCAGCAGUUGCAAAAACAUGAAAAAACAAAGAGUGAUAAAGCACCAAAAGCACAAGCCAGAUCUUCAUCAAUGUCAGGAAAUAUGACUCCACCAAAUGUUGCGCCGAGGUUAAAACCAAAAAAAUCGACAAAAUCUGAUAAUUUACCGAUUUUACAAGAUGAGGACAAUUAUACUUCCUUAGAUCCUACCUAUUCAUCAGUCAAUGACGCUUACGAACCUCUCCAGCCAGUUAGUGGAUCUUUAAUAAACAUAAAACAAGGGCAGAAUACAAAACCUGGAAAGGAAACGAACUCAGAAGAUAGAAAAUAUGCUGUCCUAGUAAAAGAUUCAAGUGAAGAUAAGCAUUCGUACGAUUAUAUUGAACCUGAAAGACUCCGUAAGACUGAUACUCCACCAAGAGUACCGAAAAAACCAAAGAACUUGGAGAUGUGGCGACAACGAACAGAAACCGAUGGAGCACAAAAAAAUCACGUGAUAUCGCACGAGAUAUCACUGCAGCGAGGUUAGCGCGUGAGGUUAGCACAAAGUUAGCAGGGAAGAAACAGUUUCUUAAUUCAAUUUCUGUAUUAGGCGAAAUGCGU